UAAAAUAUAAAUAUAAUAAAUUUAUUCAUCAUUCAAAACGAUUUAGAUUUAAAGUCUUAUUAUUAUUUAUUUAUUUCUUAUUAUUAUCGCUGAAUACAUUAUUGAACGAGUAUUAUAGAAUGUAAUAUGUUUAAAAAAAAUUACAAGAAAAAAUUUGGGUAGAACAAUUGUGGAGUCAUAUAGCACUUCUAUGAUAAUUGUAAUGGAAUAAGGUGAUGAUGACGACAACUACACCAUCUCCAAAGUCAUCAUUGGCUAAGCUUGGAGUUUAUCCUAAGCCUAAACCUUUUAAGGUUAUGGUGCUAGGACAGUCUGGAGUUGGGAAAUCGGCACUUGUCGUAAGAUUCAUCACAAGACGUUUCAUCGGCGAGUAUGAUCCAGAUUUAGAAAAAAUUUAUACUUAUCAUACAGUAAUAGAUAAUGAAACUGUGUAUUUUGAAAUAUUGGAUUCAGCGGGAGAUCCUCAUGAAAGCGAAUAUGUAAAUUUAGAAAGUAAUAUUAGAUGGGCGGAAGCAUUUAUACUAAUGUAUUCUGUAACGGACAAGUGUUCGUUUGACGAGUGCCAUCGCUUGAAAUUUCUAAUCAAUUAUAACAAAAGACGACGUAGGCUUGCCUCCUCUAUUAAGGACAGUAUAUUAGAAACUCCAGUAGUACUAGUAGGUAACAAAGUGGACCAAGUCGGCGAUCGAAUGGUGAGUACAGACGAAGGACAACGUAGAAGCAAGGAAAUAGGCUGCGUGUGCUUCCAUGAAAUAUCGGUCAGAGAAAGCAUCGACCAAGUGUGGAGUGUUUUCCGGGACGCUCGUAGAUUCUGGCGAGUGGGCAGCAAAUGGUCGCGUGGACGCGUUGACACUGACGUGCAUCCAGCUGCCCUGGGCCGGCCGCUCUCUCGUGCGAUCUCUGACACCGCUUCCGAAACAAUUACUAGUGUAAAUCCUACGUUUUGCCGUCGGCUUACAGAACUGGAAUCAGAAGGAACGGUCGGCAUCGUGCGUAGUGACUCGACCUCGUCCUCAGGUCAGUCUGAGAGUACGGACGAGUUUCGUGCUCGAGCGAGUACGGAUUCUCGUCUUCCGCCCAGACCGGAAAGACCAAGACAUCCAGCCUCAGUCCGAUCUCUUCCCACACCUGUCAGGAGAAUGAGUGUAUCGAUGAGAGGGAACAAUACUAGUACAUAUUAAAUAUUCUAAUAUAGUUAUCCAAAUCAACGUUACCAAUAUGUACCUAUAAGUUCAACUGAAACACUUGUGACACGAACCUGAAACUUAUGUUUUAUAAAAAUAACUGUAAAUUAAAAAAAACAUAUUAACAAUAUUUAUUUGGCUGACCAUUUUCGAAAAACAUAUGUUGUUUUGGAGAGCCAAUGAAAAUAAACGUUUGUAUAAAAGCGUAUUACUAUUGUAUUC